UAUAUUUAUCCCAUCCCAUAUAAAAUAUCCAUUAAAGAAUUCUUUGAUAAACUUGUUAUAGAUAAAAUAUCACCAGAAUGCGAUAUUUCAAUAAGCUCUUUUGAAAUAAUUGAACGUAUUGAAUUAAGCCAAAUAUUGGGUAGAACAGCUAUUCAAGCUAGUCCUCAUUGUAAAAUAAUAGAAUCAAUCAAGACAUUUG